AUGGCUGAACCUCACGCUGUUGGACUCGAGAGUUUGGAUGGGCUCCUCAGGAAAGCAGCUACAUUCACUGAGAAAGGAGAAUUUAGCAGCAUGGCAGCUAGACUGGGCGUUAAGGUUCAUCUCCACGACUUGAUGGAAUCAUUGAAGAAAAUUCAAGCUUUACUCUCCGCUGCUGAUCAGACGCAGAUUUCUGCUUCUGCAGAUUUGAGGUUAUGGUUGAAAAAGGUCAACGAGCUAAAUGCCAAGGCGGAUGAUCUGCUGGAUGGGUUUGCAUAUGAAGCUCGCCGGCCCGGAGCAGUAGAGGGCCAUCAGGAUAAGAAGAAGCGGAACAAGGUAUGUAACUUCUUUUCUAGGUGCAACUCAUCUGUGAUCACGAGGAGGAAGGUGAUUCGCGGGUUCAAGCUCGUGAGUUCAAGAUAUAGAUAUCUAGCCCAUGAAGCCCACAAAUUUGGGCUUGAUUUGCCGGAACGCCCAGUGGAUGCAACUGCAAAAUUUGAACAAAUCCCCCAGACUACUGAUUAUUCUUCGGUUGUAGAAUCACACAUGUUUCAAGGAGGCGAUGAUUCUCUGGCGCUCAAAAAAAUGUUGUUGAGUGCUGGAAAUGACAGGGACUUCUUCUUCGUUAGCAUAAUGGGAAUGGGGGGCAUUGGCAAAACAACACUCGCCCAGGUAGUUUACAAUGAUUAUGAGGUGGUGAAUCAUUUUGAUGUGAGGAUGUGGGUCUAUGUGGGGGAAAACUUUAGUAUAGAUCGGAUUUUGAAAUCCUUAGUAGAAUGUCUCACUCACAUGACCGUCCCUGACGAGAUGUCUGGCAGGGAAGAAAUUCUAUUGAAACUUCUAGACAGGCUGAAAGGGACAAGAUAUCUGCUUGUCCUCGAUGACGUCUGGGUGCAAGAUCCCCAACUGACAGAUCAACUUAACGAGUGUUUGUUAAAGCAAGGUGGUUCUAGAGGAAGCAAAAUAUUGGUAACUACUCGUUCAGCACAAGUUGCUGUUUUGCUGCAACCCGGAUUAAGCUAUCGCAUGGGUCUUGGAACAGAAGAAUAUUGCUGGAAAUUGUUUCAGCAAGUAGCAUUUGCACCAGGUGGACCUGAAAUGACCCCAAGACUGAUGGAAAUGGGUGAAGCGAUAGUAAAAAGGUGCCAAGGUCUUCCGCUGGCGAUAAAAACCAUAGGAGGUCUUCCGCUGGCGAUAAAAACCAUAGGAGGUUUGUUGUACACCAAGAAAGAUGAAGAAGAGUGGAACAGUAUAGCUACAAGUGACACAUGGCUUAAUGAUGAUCCUAUCCCUGGUGCCUUGCUCUUGUCCUAUGUUCAUUUGCCUUCAAUAUCGUUAAAACAAUGUUUCCUUUAUUGUUCUACUUUCCCAAGAGGCUCUGUCAUGGAAAAGGAUGAACUCAUACAACUCUGGAAUGCACAAGGAUUGCUUAAUCCACCCCAAGGAAGUGGUUUGAGCGAGAAAGAUUUAGGAGCCAGGUAUCUUGAUACUUUAGUGAGGACAUCGUUUUUGGAGAAUGCUGAGCAGGACGAGGUUGACAGGAGAAAAUUCUACAAGAUGCAUUAUCUUUUGCAUGGCCUUGCUUCAUCCUUAUCGAAGGAUCAAUGCUCGAUUAUGGAGGGAAUCAACAUUGCAGCCAAUGAUCUCAAGUUGGCUGCACAUAUGUCCCUGAUUAAUUGCAAAGCAGAAAUUUUGAAAUCCUUGAGGGGAAAGGGAAUGCUUAGGACACUCCGUUUGGUGAACAGUGGAGUUCUUGGAGAUGCGCUGGCAUACACUACUUCUCUUCGUGUCUUAAUUGUGGUCGAUUGGCAUGUUGAUGAACUGCCGGAUUCGGUGAGUAAAUUAAAACUUCUACACUAUCUUGACAUCUCGAAGACCAAGAUUCUAAAACUUCCAGAUUCAAUUUCAGAACUAUACAAUCUGCAAACCUUGAGACUCUAUGAUCUAAUAGAGUUGCCAAAGAGUUUUGAGAAUCUGGCUAGUUUGAGACACCUUUAUAUUGAGAGGUUCAAGGACUUGGACAGACUGAGUGGUUUGCCUCCACAAUUUCAAAAGGUAAUCAAUCCUUCUUCUUUUAAAGCAUGCUUUAAAGCACAUCUACACAGCAAGGGUCAGAUUGAGAAGUUAGACACGUUAUUGGAGCGUCCAGAUUUGUAUUAUCGUCUCAGCAUUUACUGCCUCGAGAAUGUGGAUGGCUAUGAGGAGGCCACCGAAGCAAAGCUAUCAAGCAUGUCAACAAUAGAAUGUUUAAGGUUCCAUUGGAAUGCAAGGAGGGAAAAUUACUAUGAUGAGGAUGUUUUGGAUGGUCUUCAACCUCACGCAAACAUAAAAAAUCUGGCAAUUGAAAAUUACAAAGGUUCAGCAUUUCCUUCCUGGAUCGAGAAUACGAGUCACCCACUGAUACUUCACCAUCUUGUGAAGAUGGAGUUGGAGGACUGCAGCUGUUGUGAACAAGUUCCACCACUGGGUCACCUUCCCUGUCUCAAAAUUGUAAAGAUGCAAGGGAUGGUCAAAGUUAAAAGCAUUGGGGCUGAAUUCUAUGGUUUUACAAAUGUUCAUGAUCAAUGCAGCACCAGUAGCAGCGCAAGUCGAGUUUUUCCUCAAUUAAGAGAACUCACACUAAGGGAAAUGACAAGUCUAGAGGAGUGGUCCGAACCUGCAAAUCUGUCGAAUCAUUCUUCAAGUAUCUGUCCUCUUCUGGAGAAAUUUGAAGUUGAGCAAUGCCCCAAACUCAAAUGUCUCCCAAAUGUAAUGACUACUAGUCAUAGGCUGAGAAGGCUAGAGGUUGCCAUGUGUGACAGUUUGGAAUGCCUACCAGAAGGAGUUGGAGGACUUGCGUCACUCGAGGAUUUGGAUAUACGCGGCCUGCCAUCUCUGUCUCAGCUGUCUAUUGGAUGUUUUGACAACCUCAAGACUUUGACAAUAGGUGGCUUCUCCAGUGCUCCAGAGGUUGACUGUAACGGCCAACAAACCUCUCAACAUUUGAAAGGAGGGGACGGAAAAGUCGCAUCUUUACCUGAGCAACUCCAAUAUCUCUCAGCUUUGAGGUUUUUGACGAUAUCGGGUUAUGGUGGGCUGGAGACUCUCCCAGAGUGGAUUUCUAAGUUACGUUCCCUUCAGAUUCUGAAGCUUGAGUUCUGUUGGAAGCUUGCGCAUUUCCCAGCUUCAGAAAAAAUGCAGCAACUCAAGAAUUUGGAUGAGCUUGAAAUCUGUUAUUGCCCCCUUCUGGAGGCGAGGUGCAUCAAAGGAAGCCGCCCAGAAUUGUACAAGAUCUCCCAUAUUCCCAGAAUUAUGAUAAAUUCUGAAGAAAUCAAAUUUCGCCCGCGAAAUAAGAAUAAAAAUACAACCAACACACAAUCUCGAAGAAAUAAAGAGAAAGAUAUUGAGGAAUCUGGGAACCAAGAAAGGAAUGAGGGAGAAGGGGAGGAACAAGGAAGAAGUGCGGCAUCCUCUUCCUCACAACCUGAUCAAGGAAUAAAUAUCCAUGUACAGAAACUGCUUUCUGUAUCUCCUUUAGCUGCUAAAGCCAACAGGCUGGGAGAAUUUAAUCUUGCCUAUCUGAGAAGCUGA